UGCCAGCGUGGACCACUGGGCAUGCUUUCAUGUCUAUAUUGUGUCUCAUUGAGAGCUUUAGAGUUUGUUCAGGUGGCCACAGGUAAUAUAGAGCAAACCAGGAAUCCUGCACUCAGGACUUCAUAGUAUAUCCCUAUGCCUUAAGUGCUCUAACGAAAUCAGAUUCAGAACCAAGUUCAGGUGUGGUGUCUGCUACCUUACAGACUGUGAUCUGUCCCACUGACCUUUCUCAGUUUGUCGAGAGAAGUAAUCGUUUGGCAUCAGAAUCCUUCUUCACUAUCAUAUGACAAUUUUACUCCUGCCUUUGCCAGAUAAGCUUUUAAAAUUGUGUUUCCCAUGUCAAGUUUCUGAUUUUAUAUUACACAAAAAUGUCUCGGUCAUCUCCAAUUUCCUAUCAUUUUCAAACCCUUACUUCCCUUUCACGUAAUGGUGCUGUGCAAGGAAAAGUUUUGUAUUCAGGAUCCCUACUAGGGGAAAGGGAAUGAGUGGGGAAUUAAAAUAAGUGGCUCUAAAGGCUUCUCCAACUGCACUGUUUUGCCUCUGGAACACCCUGCCGUGUGCUGGCAUCUGACUGACUGGGUUCCGUGUGCAUUUGCACCUCACUGCAUCUGACUGAUUUUGUUCCAUGUGCAUUUGCUGUUAUCUACAUCUGACUGACUGGGUUCCAUGUGCAUUUACUCUUCACUAUACCAUAAUGAUUGGGUUCCAUGUGCCCUUGCUCUUACUGCAUCUGACUGAUUGAGAUCCAUGUACAUUUGCAGUGAAGAGCAAAUGCACACGGAACUCAAUCAGUCAGAUUCAUUAACUGAUGCGAUUAUCCCGUGAUAAAAGCGGGGUCUGGAGCUCAGCAGUCCUCAGUUCGUUCCUGCAGCCGAGAACACAGAAUGAAGGAGGGCAUGAGCCAGCGAGAGCGGGAGAGCCAGCAAAGGCACUUGGGGGACUUGGUGGCAGUGGCAGCAAUGGUGGUGGAGAAGCAGGCGCACCUCAGUCCGCAAGCUGAGUGGCCUGCCCUCCGCCAUCCAGAUGUCCCCCGUGGUGGCCACUACCUUCCCACCUACAAGCCUGGCCGCCCUGGCCACCACAGGAUCCGAGUCCGGGGGGUUAGCCGCUCCCCAGUCAAAAGGAAAAGCAAGUCUUCAGGGAGAAGCAAGUCUCCUGCGAGUAGGAGAAGCCGGAGUCCUCACCACUCAGUAGUCACUGUGAAGCAGGAAUGUGAGGAACACCCCCGAAGAGGGCGGGCGGAUGGGCAGCACCGGGAACCCUCAGAACAGGAGCACAGGAGAGCUAGGGACAGUGACCCGGAGAGAUGGCCGGGCCAUUCCCACCGAAGGACAGCCUGGAACAAGAGGCCGGGGUGCUGGCAGGUGCAGGAUCGUGACAUGCAGACCCCACAGGCUCAGGAGGAAGAGCGGGAGUGGUGUCAUGCCAGACGCCAGGAGCAUCACCAGAAGACGGAAGCUCGUGGCAGAGGUGAUGACUCUCCGGAGGUGUCCCCUCCACCUGGUGGCAACAAUAAAGAAAAAGUGGCGCCCGUUGAAGAAAACCCCAGCUCUGAGCUUUCUGGGGCACUUCUUGAGGACACCAACACCUUCAGGGGUAUGGUCAUUAAGUAUAGCGAGCCCCCGGAAGCACGUAUCCCCAAAAGACGGUGGAGGCUCUACCCCUUUAAAAACGAUGAGGUACUUCCCGUCCUGUGCGUCCAUCGACAAAGCGCCUACCUGCUGGGUCGACAUCGCCGCGUCGCAGACAUUCCACUUGACCACCCCUCCUGCUCGAAGCAGCACGCGGUCUUCCAGUGUCGCCUUGUGCAUUACACCCGCGCUGAUGGCACAGCUGGCCGUGGGGUGAAGCCCCACAUUAUUGACCUCGGCUCAGGAAACGGAACAUUCUUGAACAACAAACGUAUUGAGCCACAGAGAUACUAUGAGCUGAAAGAAAAGGAUGUGCUUAGAUUUGGGUUCAGUAGCUGGGAGUAUGUCUUACUCCAUGAGUCAUCGGACACUUCUGAGGUGGACAGAAAAGAGGAGGACGUCUGCGAGGAGCAGUAAAUGUCCGACAGCUA